CUUGAUUCUAGAGGAUUUGUUCUGGGGCUGCGGCCGCGGAGUCGGGGCGGCCGCGGGCGAGCUUCGGGGCGGGAGGCGGCGGCGGCGGCGGCACAGCCCCGCGGGGGCCCCGCCGCGGCCCAGGCAGCCGGAACAGCCGCGAGGGGCGGCCGCACGCGGUGCCGCGCGCCGGGGAUGCGGGACUAGCCGGGCAGGCUGCGGACGGCCGUCGGGCUAGCGAGGCCUCGCAGCGGGCGGGCCCUGGCGAGUAGUGGCCGGGCGCCGCCCCCUGCGCCCUGAGGCCCGGGCCCCGCCGCUUCUGCUUUCCCGCUUCUCGCGGCAGCGGCGGCCGAGGAGGCGUCCGCGCCGGCCGCCCCCGGGGGAAGCCGCGCCGUCGCCGCCCGCCCGGCGCCCUGACGGCCGCUGUUAUGCGUAUUCCUGUAGACCCAAGCACCAGCCGCCGCUUCACACCUCCCUCCACGGCCUUCCCCUGCGGCGGCGGCGGCAAGAUGGGCGAGAACAGCGGCGCGCUCAGCGCGCAGGCAGCCGUGGGGCCCGGAGGGCGCGCCCGGCCCGAGGUGCGCUCGAUGGUGGACGUGCUGGCGGACCACGCGGGCGAGCUCGUGCGCACCGACAGCCCCAACUUCCUCUGCUCGGUGCUGCCCUCGCACUGGCGCUGCAACAAGACACUGCCCGUCGCCUUCAAGGUGGUGGCACUGGGGGACGUGCCAGAUGGCACCGUGGUGACCGUGAUGGCAGGCAAUGACGAGAACUACUCCGCUGAGCUGCGCAACGCCUCGGCCGUCAUGAAGAACCAGGUGGCCAGGUUCAACGACCUUCGCUUUGUGGGCCGCAGUGGGCGAGGGAAGAGUUUCACCCUGACCAUCACUGUGUUCACCAACCCCACCCAAGUGGCCACCUACCACCGAGCCAUCAAGGUGACCGUGGACGGACCCCGGGAGCCCAGACGGCACCGGCAGAAGCUGGAGGACCAGACCAAGCCGUUCCCUGAACGCUUUGGGGAACUGGAACGGCUGCGCAUGCGGGUGACACCGAGCACGCCCAGCCCCCGAGGCUCACUCAGCACCACAAGCCACUUCAGCAGCCAGCCGCAGACCCCAAUCCAAGGCACCUCGGAACUGAACCCGUUCUCUGACCCCCGCCAGUUUGACCGCUCCUUCCCGACGCUGCCAGCCCUCACGGAGAGCCGCUUCCCAGACCCCAGGAUGCACUACCCCGGGGCCAUGUCAGCUGCCUUCCCCUACAGCGCCACGCCCUCGGGCACGAGCAUCAGCAGCCUCAGCGUGGCGGGCAUGCCGGCCACCAGCCGCUUCCACCAUACCUACCUCCCGCCACCCUACCCGGGGGCCCCGCAGAACCAGAGCGGGCCCUUCCAGACCAACCCGUCUCCCUACCACCUCUACUAUGGGACGUCCUCUGGCUCCUAUCAGUUCUCCAUGGUGGCCGGCAGCAGCAGUGGGGGCGACCGCUCACCCACCCGCAUGCUGGCCUCUUGCACCAGCAGCGCUGCCUCUGUCGCCGCCGGCAACCUCAUGAACCCCAGCCUGGGCGGCCAGAGCGAUGGCGUGGAGGCCGACGGCAGCCACAGCAACUCACCCACGGCCCUGAGCACGCCGGGCCGCAUGGAUGAGGCCGUGUGGCGGCCCUACUGACCGCCCCGGUGGACUCCUCCCGCUGGAGGCGGGGACCCUUACAACCUUCAAGACCCAUGAUGGGCUGGCUCUGGCUCCGAGGCUCCGGGCAGGAAUGGGACCUGCGCUCCAGGGUGGUCUUGGUCCCAGGGUGGUCCCAGCUGGUGGGUGGCUCUGGCUGCAUCUGUCCAGCCACAUCCAUGUACAGAGGUGUAGGGAACCACCCCCACCCCCGCCCAGGACACCACCUCGCCCAGAUCCUGGCUGUCUCAUCCCACACUUCUGUGGGGAAUCAGCCUCCUGCCAGCUCCCCAGAAGAACCUCACUGUCUCCAGCUAUGCCCAGUGCCCCAUGGGGCCCGUGUCUCCUGGGACAGAGGCCGUCUCUCUUCCAGAGAGAGGCAGCAUUGGCCCACAGGAUAAGCCUCAGGCCCUGGGAAACCUCCCCACCCCGCACCUUCGUCGGAGCCCCUACACCCCUGGGUCCAGUCCUCUCUGCAUUUACACAGAUUUGAGUCAGAACUGGAAAGUGUCCCCCGCCCGCGCCGCCCUCGAGCGGGGUUCCCCUCGUACAGACGGGGCAGGACCCAGCACGCUGCUGGCAGAGAUGAUUUGAGAACACAUCCAAGCCAGUCCCCCCAGCCCAGCUUCCCUCCAUUCCUAACUGUUGGCUUUCCCCCAGCCGCAUGGGUCCCAGGCCCCAGAGAAGAUGAGUCUAUGGCAUCAGGUCCCUAAACCCAGGAAAGCACCUACAGACCGACUCCUCCAUGCACUUUACCAGCCCAAUGCAUCCACCCUUUGUUCUCUUGCCGGGGCUGGGUGGGUAGGAGGUCCCCUCUCCCCUAGGUGGUCUCAUAAUCUCCAUUUGUGGAGAAAACGGGGGGCCAGAUAGGUCCUAGCAGAAGGCAUUGAGGUGAGGGGUCACUUUGGGUCAGACGUCAAUGUCCCUGUCCCACCUAGGUCCAGCCAAGCUGCGCCUCAUCCCCCAAGCCUCCUGGGAGGAUCCAGCCAAAUCUUGCAACUCCUGACACACACCUGUCUGUCUUUAACCUGUUUUGUGCUCUGAAAGCAAACAGUCCUGAGCAAAAAAACAGUUUUUAAAACUGAUUUUAGAAAAAGAAGCUUAAUCUAACAUUUUCAAACACAAGUUCUCCUACAGGUAUAGCUCCGUGAUUAUGAGCACCACCCUUGCCCCCUCUCCGCCCCCCACGGAACCUCAGCUACCUCCUGAGGGUGUGGGGUUAUCAGGGUCUCAAUACUUUCUCAAGGGGCUACACUCCCCACCAGGCAGCGUCCCACCAGCCUGCACCACAGGCAUCCCUGGGAGGACAACGGAAAUGCUGAUGAGACGCUGGGCGCUCUCCUCUGUGGCUCUAGGACAUCUGUCCGGGAGGCUGUGCGGGGGUGGGCAGGAUGUGAGAGGUGGGGAGCACUGGCUGUGCGUGGCAGAACAGAAGCACCGUAAAGGGCUCUCCAGCCACAGCUCAGCUGCACUGCGUUCCGAGGUGAAGUCUUGACCCUGAAUUUUGCAAAACGGGAAGGUGGGCGCUUGCCCAAGGGCCAGGCCACGUGGAUUCUCACAUCAGAGUUCUCUGGCCCUAGAAAGGCUUAGAAAAGGUGUAAGGGAACUCAAAGACUAGCAGCAUGUGGUAUUUUAACUUUCUGCCUCGGCCUCUGUGGACGCGGAAAUCUGCCCCGCAGAAUGCUCUUUAGCGGUCGUCUCUGUGAGAGCACUGUCCCCACCCAACUUGUCACAACGGCCAGAACCAUACACCAGAGACACCGACAGGUCAGGCAGUCCUUCUGGUGAUCCUAUUCCAUUCCCUCCUGCUGCGGUUUCCUCUUGGCCUGUCCUCACUGGAAAAACAGUCUCCAUCUCUUCAAUACAGCUGCUGACUCCCUGCACCCAAGGGGCCUUUCCAUACCUUCUCAGGAAGCAGCGAUGAAUCCAUUGUCCUUGUAGUUUCUUCCCUCCUAUUUUCUGGUUGUAGCUGGUCCCAGGUCAUCGUGGGAGGCACCUUUGGGUUCCCAGUGCUCAGCACUUUGUAGUCUCAUCCCAGAUUACUACCCCUUCCUGAUCCCCAAGCCCCGGAGAGGCAGGGAUAGGAAAUAAAUUGCUCUUCCUACCCCAUCCCCCAUCCCCUGACAAAAAGUGAUGGCAGCCGUACUGAGUCUGUAAGGCGCAAAGUGGGUACAGACAGCCUGGGCUGGUAAAAGUAGGUCCUUAUUUACAAGGCUGCUUUAAAGUUGUACUAGGCAAACACACUGAUAUAGGAAGCAGGAGGAAAGGAAGAUGUUUUGAUACAGUGUUACUGUGAGUCUGUCAGUAGUGGGUACCAAUCUUUUGUGACACAUUGUCAUGCUGAGGUAUGACACCUGCUGCACUCAUAUCCCAUGUAAAACCAUCCCAGAGCUGGCGAGAGGAUGGAGCAGGGUGGAAACUGCUUUGCACUAUCAUUUGCUUGGUGUUUGUUUUUAAUGCACAACUUGCUUGUACAGUAAACUGUCUUCUGUACUAUUUAACUGUAAAAUGGAAUUUUGACUGAUUUGUUACAAUGAUAUAACUCUGAGAUGUG